GCAAAUAUAUUGGGGUUCGUUGGGUGCCUUUCUUCAGUCCAAUACAAUCAUAUAGCACCAUUGAAGGCAGCCCUCCGACAUGCCAGCAUUGCACCUGUGACUGUCCAAGGGACCUUGACAGAAUCCAGCUGUGGCUCCAUGGUAGAAUCUUAUGCUAAUGGAGUGACUACUGUGUAUUCUUCAUCAGAUCCCUUUGGAAAUACAGAUGAGCAUGAGCCUCUCACAAAUGCAAUCCAGAGUGACUCGGCAUUCAUUGGAGGUGUCAUAGCAAUUGUGACAUUUAUUGCUUUUGGUGUCAUUGGAAUCAUGACCCACUUCCUCUAUCAGCACAAGCAGUCACACCAUACCAAUCCGAUGAAGGAGAAGGAAUAUCCAGAAAACUUGGACAGUUCCUUUAGAAAUGACAUUGACUUGCAAAAUACAGUCAGUGACUGCAAACAGGAAUAUUUCAUCUGAGCUUCUAUAGGGUCAUCAGGUCCUCUAUUUUUGUGGAGAUUUCCAUCUCUUUUUCUUUUCUCUUUUCUUUCUUUUAAUUUAGGCAUUCUCUUUCUCUCACAUGCCAUUGAUUUUCUAGAAUACAUGUGCAUCCACCAAGAUCUCCUUGACUCAGAUCAGGAAAUGGGGUAGCUGUGGAUAUUGUACUUCAUUGGUAAAUGUGUCAUUGUGAAAAUGACUACUGGAAACAGAGACUUCACUAUUUUAAACAAGGGAGAGACACAUGUGUCCACAUCUACAUUCUAUGUUUGUAGUCCAGUUUCUAAACUUCACUCUUCAGAUUCUCAGGCACUUGGUCAUGCCAGCUUCUACUACACUUGAGCUCUGUGGUUUUUGCCUUUAACAAUUGUCCCUGUUCAAUAUUAUAUGGUUAGGUACUGUGGCUUUAGAGAAGAAAAGGGAGUGUAUAUAUGAGACAGAGAAAGAUAUUGCCAGAUCAUCUUUUAAGGAAUGUGUUUAUUAGUAAGAAGUUUCCCAAUAGUGUAUGAAAGUAUGAAGAAAAGUAAAUUGACCUACAGAAAUCAAAGUUUAUACUUCCUGAGAGAGGAGGGAAGUUUUGAGACAUUAGACCACAAAGAAAUGUUUCUAAAUUUGGUAUAUUUUGUAUGUGCAUGUGUGCUUGUGUGUAUGUGUGUGUGUGUGUGUGUGCGUGUGUGUGUGUGUGUGUGUGUGUGUGUGCAUGGUUGUGAAUAUCAUGUAUUUGAAAAGUAUCCAAGACAUUCUCUUAAAGUACGGCUGAAUGAGCAAUGAACUCGUUAGUUUGUU